UACACAACAAGUAAAAAAAAUAUAAACUCAAUCAAUCCUGCAUUUUAUCAUCAGUUGCUGCUCGUACGCGUUAGACUGUAAGCGUUUGGGCAUCGCAUUAAUAAUUGAAGACAUUCAAUUACCUCAAGUUUAAGGGAGCUAAAGAUAAGGAAAAGAAAUUCCAAAUAUGGGAUUCUUACAGAAUAUUCUAUACAGCGCACUGGCACUAGCGAUAGCAUUUAGUUAUCAGACUUAUCGAGAUAUAUCAAAACCAUAUCCAAUACCGGAAUUAGAUUUAAAUGAAUAUUGGGGCCGUGGAGAUGUGAAAAACUAUAAGGAAGAUACAACGAUUAAACCAUUCAAAAUUUCAUAUUCAGCUGAGGUAAUAAAACGUUUAACGGAUAAACUUGAUGAUGCUCCAGCCUUUGCCGAGCCACUCGAAGAUACGGCAUUUGAAUAUGGAUUUAAUACAAAGCAUUUGCAAAAGAUAUUGAAUUAUUGGAAGGGCCAAUAUUUACCGAAAUGGAAUGAACGUGAACAAUUUUUAAAUCAGUUUCCACAGUUCACCACACAAAUUCAAGGUUUAAAUAUUCAUUACAUUCACGUCAAGCCAAAGACAACCGCAAACACAAAAGUUUAUCCUCUGAUUUUGUUGCACGGAUGGCCUGGAACUGUGAGAGAAUUUUAUGACAUCAUACCGCUCCUCACAACGCCAUCGAAAGAUAACAUUGCAUUUGAGGUUAUUGCGCCAUCGUUACCAGGAUAUGGAUGGAGCGAGGCUGCAUCAAAGAAGGGUUUGGGAGCAGCUAAAAUUGCAGUCGUUUUUCAAAACUUGAUGAAAAGAAUUGGCUUUAAAAAAUAUUAUGUUCAGGGAGGAGAUUGGGGUAGUCUCAUUGGAACUGACAUGGCUGCAUUCUUCCCCGAGAAUGUUUUAGGUUUUCAUACAAACAUGUGUAUGGUGGACUCGCCAAUAGCGAAUAUCAAAACAUUUAUUGCAUCAUUUUAUCCAUCACUCUUUAUGGAUGCAAAAUAUGUCGAUUGGGUAUAUCCAUUCUUUCCAAAGUUUCUAACAUUACUACAAGAGAGUGGAUACAUGCACAUUCAAAGCACAAAACCUGAUACAAUUGGAGUAGCUCUUACUGGAAAUCCAGUCGGUUUGGUAGCGUACAUUUUAGAAAAGUUCUCAACAUGGACUAAUCCUGCAUAUCGCAACUUAGCUGACGGUGGAUUAGAAAAGUACUUUACAAUGGACGCACUGCUUGAUAAUGUCAUGAUUUAUUAUCUUACCAACUCAAUCACGACAUCACAGCGCAUUUACAAGGAAGUUUUUUCGUCUGAAUUUGCUGAUUCAUCUAUUAAUCGUGUUCCGGUGAUUGUGCCCUCAGCAUGUGCUCAUUUCAAAUACGAAUUAAUGCACCAAAUUGAAUGGGCGCUUCCCGAAAAGUUCGUGAACCUUUUACAGUCAAACUAUUUUGAGGAUGGAGGACAUUUUGCAGCUAUGCAACUGCCAAAGAUUAUGUAUAAUGAUUUUAUUGAUUUUGUACGUAAAAGCUUGCAGCAAGGCAAGAAAAAUGAAUAAAUUUUUUAUAAACUUUAAUAUUGAAAUGAUGAAGCUGUGCAUGAUGAACAGCCACAAAAAUGCGGUUUGUAAUUUUAAUUUAAUUUUAAAUGUAACAAUUUUUUCGAGGAAUUUUUAUGGGAUUAAAAAAUCGUGAUAAAUUGUGGGAAGGGCGCAGCCUUUUAAGCUGGAGGUACUGCGAUUCAAACUAAUGGAAUUGAAAUGUGUUUGGUACAAAAAAUGUAAUCCUAUUUUUUAAACCAUAUGAUUCAUAAAUUUUAUUGAUUGUUCCAAAAAAUUUUAAUAAAAUGUUUCAAUUCAUCAUUU